CAACUGUAGUUCUGCGCAGGCUCCUGGAAUUAUUUGCUGUCUCUAUGGCAACCGGGGUAGCUGGUGUCUGAAGAUGACGACCUUUGAGUCUACGGAGGGAUCAGGAUCGAGGUCGCGAUCUUUACCCGUACUGCCCAGCUCCGAAGGGGAUGUCACUCCCAGGUCGGCCCUGGUAGCCGCAAGGGCAGCAGCGUCAGCAGCUGCUGCAGCCACUGCAGCCGUCUCCACUGCUAAAGCAGCUGUAUUAUCUGCAAAGACCCCAGGGCCCUAUUCUGACCGAAGCCUCUCGGACCCCUCCUCUGAUAGUGCUGCUGGGAAGCCCUGCACUGGACCCAGUUUUACCCACAAGAUAGGCCAUGGGAGACUUGGCUUUAAGACUGAUGUUUCCUAUAUUGCUCGGCAUCCCUGUUCUACAAAUUACCUUAACACUAGCCCUAGAGCCGUUCCUGGCUCUAGCCCUGGCCCCGCUCCUGGCUCUAGCCCUGGCCCCGCUCCUGGCUCUAGCCCUGGCCCCGCUCCUGGCUCUAGCCCUGGCCCCGUUUCUAGCUCCAGAUCUGGCCCCGUUCCUGGCUCCAGAUCUGGCCCUGGCCCUGGCCGUGGCUAUGGUUCUAGUAAAGGCACUCGUCUGGAUUCUCGCCUUGGUUGUGCCUCUGGGCUUGCUCCAGGCAAUGACCCUGAGCUCAGCCCCAACGCUCUUACAAGCUUCAGACAUCCUGGGGCAAACCUGGUCCCUAAUUAUGCCUCCGGGAAUCACUACCAAUACUGCGAGCCUCAGAAACAACCCUGGACAUUUUUGCCAGUUUCAGAACCUGUUGCCCAAAGGGGGCUAUGGAAGACCCCUGAGGUUGAAGUGAAGUGUGAGGUUCUCGGUAAAACAUUGCCACGGGGCCACUGCCUUCUCUACAACUGGGAGGAAGAGAGAGCCACCAACCAUCUGGAUCAAGUCCCAAGCGUGCAGGAUGGCUCUGAGAGUUUCUAUUUCCGACAUGGACACCAGGGACUGCUAACCCUGCAGCUCCAAUCACCCAUGCCCCUCAGCACCACCCAGAAAGACGCAUACCAGACCCCACGAAACCGCUGUCAGCCAAUUCGAGGUGUGGAGCAUGAGGGACUGGGUCAGAAUGAGUCCACUAGUCAGAGAAAAAAGAGGAAUUUCUGGUGGGACUAUAGAUUGUCCAAUGGGUAUAAGGGCAGCCCCCCACAAUUUUCCUUCCUUUUCUCAACUUUGUUUAUUCUGCGCCUGCUUCCUAACCAGACUUGUCAGCUCUGUCCACUCCCUGCCCCCACCCCCACUCCCACAGGAAAACGGGAAGCUAUGCUGGAGAUACUGCUGUGCCACCAGAUCUGUAAAGAGGUGCAGGCAGAGCAAGAACUGACAAGGAAGCAAUUUGAGGUUGAAUCUGUGACACACCAUGACUACAAAAAGGAGCUGGUGCAGGCAGGGGCUCCUGCCCCAACAAAGUCUCAUGACUACUGCAAGGAGCAACCUGAGACCUUCUGGAUACAGAGGGCACCACAGCUGCCGGGUGUCAGUAACAUCAAGACACUGGACACGCCAUUCCGGAAGAACUGCAGCUUCUCAACACCAGUGCCUCUGUCCCUGGAACAGCCUUUUCCUGAUGGACCUGAGAAUUAUUCCUACCAAUUGGGACAAAUCUCUUCUCUUGGCUGUCAGGGAAGAGGGCAGGGUGGUGAGGGGGGUAGAACCGUCUAAGGGUUGAGGAGGGAAGUGAGAUGUGGAAUAUGGAAUCUAUUUCUGUCUGUACUGGAAAGGAGAGUAAGUGAAUUCUGUUUAUACUUGGUGAAGGGGCUUUACAUAAAGGAUUCUUUCUCA